UAUUAUUGUAGUAUUGAUAUACUAGUGGAGACGAUCACGCUCACCACGUGGGCGGCUUGGUUGGCAGGAGCAGGAUCAACAGUUUGACUACGUAAUUACAGUUGCAUGCAAUCGAGCUUAGCUCUGGUCAUGUAGUAUUGAUCAGUAUGUAAUUACUACAUGUAUGCGCGACUCCGUUUUUCUUUCUCGCUUCUCGGUUUCUGCUUUUCCUCCUUUCCAGUUGCUCAGAUACUCGCGAAAAAUGGCCAUCGUCAAAACACUCCUGACUUUAGCGUUGGCCCUGAGCACCGCCGUGGCUAAUGGCAGUAGCAUCGCUGCUCCACAACCUUAUGUGAACUACUCCACCGUGACAGGCUAUUUCCUGCAAGACGAGGCGGGCACCGAUCCCAGCACCUUCGACUACACGGCAGUCAACUUUGGCCUCCUCAAUCGCACCUACGACGCCGACAGCCCGCAGUUCACCAAGACGUUGACGCAAUGGGAGCGCUUCUACCGGCAAGUCGAGUACCUGAACAAGAACGGCAAGCGACACGGGGUUGAAUACAAAGUCCUCUUUUUGGGCCGCCACGGUGAAGGAUGGCACAACGCCGCCGAGUCGUACUACGGCACGCCGGCGUGGAAUUGCUACUGGGCCGAAUUGACCGGCAACGGAACAGCAAGCUGGUCCGACGCGCACCUGACAACCAAAGGCAUCGCGCAAGCCCAGGUCGCGCAUGACUUCUGGCAAUCACGCUUCAAACUCCAGCGCAUGCACGCGCCAGACGCAUACUUUGUCAGCCCACUGACGCGCUGCCUGCAAACUAUCAACACGACGUUCUCGACGCUGGCCUUGCCGCACGGCGCUGCGCCGUACGAGCCGCUCGUGCUGGAGCAUCUGCGCGAGUCGAUCUCGAUUCACACGUGCGACCGCCGCAGCAAUAAGACGGCGAUACAGCAGGCGUGGCCGCAGUAUCGGAUCGAGAAGGGGUUUGCGGAGUGCGAUGAGCUGUGGAAUGGGGUGACGGGGGAGAGCGAUUCGAGCCAGGAGGUGCGGUCGCUGGAGGCGUUGAAUCAGAUCUGGAAACACGUCGACGGUGCGCGGAGGGAUCCGUGGGGGAGGAAGAAGAAGGACGAGGCGUUGUUUAUUUCGGUGACGAGUCAUUCGGGCGAGAUCGCGUCGAUUCUGGAGGUGGUGGGACAUAGGGAGUUUGGGUUGAAUACGGGGGCUGUUAUUCCUGUGCUGGUCAAGGCCCAGACGCUGAAGACGGCGCCGACCCCGACCACGACGCAGCCGUGGCAGACAAGUCUGCAUUGUACGGCGCCGCCGGUGACUUCGGUUACUGCUGGUUGCGUGUGUGCUUCGUCGGCAGCUCCAGUAACUACGCCAUUAGUUGCGACGGGUGGUUGUCAGUGAUUGUAUUGUUAUUAAUGAGAUGGAUGCUGCUGAGACUUAGAGUAAAGAGUAAUAGUACAGAGGAGAGUUGAAGU